UGGGUUGGAAAACAAAAGUCUGUAAUAAAUAUCGUUAAAAAUGAGCCCCGAAAGAGAAACUCAUGAGACAGAAGAUGUCUUGGAAUCCAUAGACGAGUUGAAGGAGCGGUUAUCAUCUAUGAAACGCAUGAUGGAGGAGCGGAAGGCAGCUGGAUCUGGCACCAAGGACCUGUUCCAAGGACAGGCGCCGAGUCUCCACGGCACAAAUAUGAUCGACGGGCACUUCCUAUCUUUCGUCUUUGGCGGUUCUUUAUUCGUUAUCCUAAGUGUAACAGUGUACGCCUUUUAUAAUCUAUACCACGCUGUACUGAAGAAGUUUCCCUCAGCGCACACGGAGUUGUAAAUUAAACUUUAAAAUUUAAUGAUUAAGGUUCGAUUUGUUAUGGCUCUUAUGGAUUCUGUGUGACCAUCAUCAGUCUUCAAUGUUCCACAUCCAAAUGCAUAAGGGACCUUAUAGGACGGGAGAUGCUUGAACCCACCACGCUCCAGAAUUUAUAUGAUAAGGUUACGAACUUCCACUAUUAUGUAAAAAUUACUAUCAGAUUUUAGAAAUAAACAUUCUCCGACGCACAGAGGCAUAGAGGCCAAAUUUUAAUAAAUUUGCUCAGCUGAUAUUUAUAUUUAAUAUAUAAGGUCAUUCAAACAGUUUGCAGCUUCACUAACUGUCCGAUUAGAUGGAAAGAGGGUUCGAAAUUAUCCGAAGGUGCUUUUCUUAAGUUCAGCUUCAAUAAAGGACUUUCUGAUAAUUGUGUAGUGCCGAUGUUAAAAGCUUGAAAAUAAUAAGUUAUCUACUUUAGCUGGCCAUUUAAGUAAAGUAAAUUAUAAAUCACAGUGUUAAUUUGUCACAAAGACCAUUUCUUUUGUCGUGGUGGAAAAGCUUUAUUGCUACAUUGGGCAGGACGGAGGUUAUAUCGGACUCUAAAGGGGUAUACCCAAACUAAAAACAACCACGACAUGUCCCUUUUGUUGGCUUUGUGAGACGCCCGGGGAACCCGUGGUAUACCCGUUGGUAACCAACUAUGGAAGACCCUGCCUGUGAAAUGACAGAUUUAGUCAUCAUAAUCAUAAUAUCAACCGAUAGACUUCCACUGCUGGACUUAUGUCUUUUAUAGGGAGUCCCAAAUACCAUGAUCUAAUUGGCAAUGGCAGAUUUAUGCUUUGUUGAUUUGAGAACAUGUCUGUGCGCUCCGUAGGCUUAUCCAAGAGUCUAUUUCUAAUGGGUGGCACUUCGUUAAAAUUUAAUAGUCUCUGGGCUGUACCUUUUUUUUACGCUGUUUUAUAUUGAGGUCAUAUUUCUUUAUAAUAUCUGUGCUCAAGGUAAUGUAAAGAAAGAAAUGAG